AUUAAUCAUAGGAUGCAAAUAUUCUAUGCAAAACCACAGCUAUACGUAAAAUCAUGCGCUGGAAAUAUUGCCACCAAAUGCAUUGCUGCUCUCAGGAUUCCAUUUAUUGAUUUUGCAAAGAAAAUCCCAUCACAUCUUGAUGUGACGCACUUCACCCUCGACCUCGACUUCUGCUGAUGAGUAGCAAGCACCGCUGCGCAAUAUUUCGCUCCAUAUUUGCAGUUUUCUUUUACGUGUCAACCACAACACCAGUUUAACCAUGGUGCAGUUUAAAAUUUUAAGAAUAUUUUCGUUUGGGCUGCUUAUAUUUCUUCUUGCAUCCUGUCAACCAAAAGGCAAACCUCGUCCCAUCGUGGUACAGGAAGGGCCAGAAAUUUCCACAAACCCUGGUCGCAACCAACUACCAACCACUAAGGUGGUUACUACAUCUUCACAAUCAUCACCUACUUCUGGUGGUCGUGCUCAACCACUUUCUCCAACGAGAACUACUACUCCGUCACCACUUUCUCCAACGAGAACUGCUACUGCAUCACCACUUUCUCCAACGAGAACUGCUACUCCGUCACCACUUUCUCCAACGAGAAGUACUACUCCGUCACCAUUUGUUCCACCAGCUAAUACUGAUAUUGACACCGAGAUAGACCGUGAUGGAGAUAACGAGGAGGAUCAAUCAGACGAAAGGUGCCACAUACUAAUAAAUGAAAUUGGACUUGACACAACAAACUUCCAAUUCAUUGAAUUAACUCGUCUAUGUGGUUCCACGCAGUAUAAAAGGAAAAAUACGAUUGCACUUGGUGCAUAUGUAAUUCUCGUACUACAGAUACGACCAUAACUGAAUAUCAUUGGAAGUGUACACUUGGCUCGUCGAAGGAUGGAGAAAGUAAUGCAUAAAUCCACCGACGGAGUAGAACAAUGAAUGUCUGGUAUUCUAUCCAGAUGAGGAGGAUACACCAAGAUAUUUUGCAUGGAGAACCACAAGCCGUAUCUGCCCGGUUACUGGGAAUAACGCAAGCAAUGAUUAAGCGAAUCAAUUCGGCAAGUCGAAGCAAUAGUAUUCUUACACCCGGAAAAAAACGCAAAACGUUCUGCCGGGUUCAAAGUCAAAUAGACGAUUUUGAUAAAGAUUGGCUACGGAGAAAGAUUUCCUCAUUUUACAAACAAGGCCAAAUACCCCUUCUGGAAAAUGUGUAUCAAUCUUUCAUGACUUACAAAACAGAUGGCCAAGAUUUGUCACCAGAAGUAUCAAGAGUAUGCCUUCCUUUUCCCGUUUUGGGAAAUAGAUCAACGAUAUCUGGAGGAUAUGCGACUAAUCACACCUUACAGCCUGGGACAUUUCUCCGUAGCAAUUCCACUACGCCAUCAACAUCAGGUUCAUCUCCCACAAGACAAGUUGCUUCAACAUCUACAACGACCGAUCCUCCACCAGUAUUUCACAUGAGCCGUAAGACGUUUAGAAAAUUCUUAAAAACAGAAAUGAAUUUCAAGUACGGAAAGGUUGAAACUCGAGCGGUUAUUUGUCAAAGGGAUGAUAUUUUAAAAAUGAGAGGGAAAUUUCUAAGAGACGUUAGAGCGAAUGAGGCUUCCCCCGUGCCUAAAAAACUAAGCUACAUUGACGAAACAUGGAUUGACCCUAACCAAAGAGUGUCAAAGGGGUGGAUUCCACGGAAAUGCAGGAAAAUGAAGGACAUGGCGGAUUACAGCUGGAAAGAUCAUAAAGUAUCUCGAGGAAACAGGCUAAUCGUUCUGAGUGCUUGCACGGAAUCUGGAAUAAUUCCAGAAGCAAGUCUUGUAUACGAGAUUGCAGCCACAAAUGCUUCAGCAGAUUACCACCAAAACGUCAACAAGGAUGUGUUUAUGUCUUGGUUGAAUACCAAACUAUUGCCUGCUUUGGAUAAGACCAAUGAAUCGUAUAUAAUUGUGAUGGAUAAUGCACCGUACCAUUCUACAUCGCUAAAACCCAAAGUGGCUGAGAGAAGAAAGUUUGGUAUGAUUUUUUGAAGCUUCAUGAAAACAAACUUUCACCCGCAAGGUCGAUUCAACCAAUAGACAAAUAUUACAAAUGGGAAAUAAUGGAAAUGGUGACCGAGAUUAUUGACAAGGGUGGAUUAAAGAACGAUCUAUAUGAGGUCGACCGAGAGGUCGUCAAGAGAGGAUAUUCCAUUCUCAGAUUACCCCCAUAUGGAUGUGACUUAAAUGUCAUAGAGUUUGUAUGGAAAAUGAUUAAGGCAGAAAUCCGGAAAAGAAAUGCCCAUCAAAAUUUGAAGGAAGUUAAACAGAUUGCGUAAGAAGUAUUGCGAGCAUUCGGAGCUGCUCAGAUUAAACCUUUUUGGGCCCAUGUGAAAAAUUUGCAACAACGAUAUUGGGAAGAAGAUGGAUGGUUUGAUGGCGCUAUGGCCCAAUCACCAGUUAUCAUAACGGAGGACGAGCAAGAGGAGGACGAAGAAGAGGACUCUGAACAAGAGGAGGAGAAAGAUGAUGAAGCAGGAGAUUUUGAGGAAGAUAGUUGUCAAGUUACUGCACAGGUGAUAAAUGACUGCAACAUUGAGGAUGCUGCCCAAUUUGAUUACGAGCGAGAAAUUGGAGCAUUUAUGCAUACAUCUGCUCCCCCUUCUCCAAAACGAAGGAAAACAUGUGUAAAGCGUCUCAAUUUUGCAAAACCCGGACGAGGUAGGGGGCGCGGCAGGGGGCGAGGAGGUGGCUCGGUGUAAAUUUAAAUAAAUAAAUUACCACUAAUUCUUGGUGUUUAGUCAUUGGAAGCAAUAUAGUAGUCAUUCGUAGCAAUAUAGUAGUCAUACGUAGCCAUCUAGUAGUCAUUGGUAGCAAAAUAGUAGUCAUUCGUAGCAAUAUAGUAGUCAUUCGUAGCAAUAUAGUAGUCAUUGGUUGCAAUAUAGUAGUCAUUGGUAGCAAAAUAGUAGUCAUUCGUAGCAAUAUAGUAGUCAUUCGUAGAAAUAUAGUAGUCAUUGGUUGUAAUCUAGUAGUCAUUCGUAGCAAUAUAGUAGUCAUUGGUAGCAAAAUAGUACUCAUUCGUAGCAAUAUAGUAGUCAUACGUAGCCAUCUAGUAGUCAUUGGCAGCAAAAUAGAAGUCAUUGGUAGCAAAAUAGUAGUCAUUCGUAGCAAUAUAGUAGUCAUACGUAGCCAUCUAGUAGUCAUUGGUAGCAAAAUAGUACUCAUUCGUAGCAAUAUAGUAGUCAUACGUAGCCAUCUAGUAGUCAUUGGCAGCAAAAUAGAAGUCAUUGGUAGCAAAAUAGUAGUCAUUCGUAGCAAUAUAGUAGUCAUCGGUUGCAAUAUAGUAGUCAUUGGUAGGAAUAGAGUAGCCAUUCGUAGCAAUAUAGUAGUCAUUCAUAUCUCUGUAUCAAUUUAAAAAAUAUAAAUCAAUAAAAUGCUUUACAAUUGAAUUUUGUGAUCACCGUUUAUAAAAGAUGCACAUCACCCACACACAUCUUUGCUGCAUGUGCACCAUUCCCACCAAUGAUC